AUGACUUCAAAUAAUCAAACUGCACAAGAUUAUUCUAACUUAUCAAUGGGUGAUAGCAAUGAACAGAAUAAUCCAAUCAACAACGUGGGUGCUUUCAUUAAUAGUGCGACUCCUGCGCCUCAAAACGUUACAUUUGAAUUUUACUUUCCUUUUCCUUCAUCAAUUGAUACACGUAUCUAUCAUGUUACAUAUCAAUAUACCGAAUUACAUCCAUUAGAAAAUGCGCGACGCUUGAAUAAUAGCAUUAGUUUAUCACAUAUUCCCGAUCAUCAGUUUCCACUCCAUAAUAAUAUACAUUCUCUAAUUCAGCAACAAAUUCAACAACUAGUCCAACAACCUGUUUAUCAACAAAACACCAUUCAACCACAGUUAUAUGACUGUAUUCAACCUACUUCUCAAGUAUAUUCGAACAACAAUACUUAUGAUACAACUUCAAUCUCAGUAAACGUCGAUAACGUUCAAGAUGAGGAAUUACAGAAUUCUCCUUAAGGACUAUACUCGAUUAAUAUAUAUUUCAUUCCGGAAUCUAGAAUGAAAAAAUAAAAUUUUUUGAUCCUUUCUCUUUUCUUCAAAUUUUUCGCUUUGUUCGAUUA